GCACCAGGACCUCAGUGAAAUGCACAUCUUUCUCAUCACAGUGGUUACAGAAAGGGGGCAGGCUUGUCCUCAGAUACAUUACUUUGAAGUCUUCAUUGGGAGAAAGAGGGGAUGGGAGGUUUGUUCAUCUCAAGAUUAAUACAAGCAUGGCUUCAACGUAAAACACAGAUAGGUCUUUACAUCCACCCAUCCCUUUAUAAACAUCCCAAUGGUGCACUCGAUAAGCAAUCUCUGUAAAUCAGCUGACAGAGCUGUUGACAGACUGGAUGACGCAAAGUUGUGCUCAAUCCUCUCAUUCCAACCAUUCAUUUGGGCUUUUCUUCUCUAGAAACAUAUGGUAACCAAAUUAUCCUCAAGUAUUCCAGCAUGCUUUCAUAUUUAAUUGAAAUUCAUCUGUUCAAAAGUUAUUGCUGGGAGAAACACAAAUGAAAUGACAUGAGCCUCAAUCCCUUUGAAAAAUCACAGCUGCCUCUGCAGCAGAGGCUCAGAUGGGUGUUGAUAAGCUGAGGAGCAGCUCCCAGAAAGGUGCAUAGGGAGGCAAAUGUCCCAGAUGAAACCAACCCCACCAUUGUCACUUCCCUGUUUUUCCUCUGUGUCCUACUGAUACCAAGCACGCAGAUUCAUAGUCCCAACCUGAGCUACGUGGAUUCCAUUCCUGACUUAAGCCUGAAAGAUGGGCUGGUGAGGUUCAUUAUCCUGUGCUCCUUCCUCCUAGGACUGCCAAGUGUAAGACUAGAUCCUUUCUCUACCUCAACCUAUUUCAACACCUGCAAAGUACAGGUCACCAACGGGAAAGAUAAGGUCACAUCCAUCUUUCUCCUUUAUGGUUUUAAGUCUGUUAUGAUCACUCUGUCAAAGUGUCAGGCAUUCUUCCCUAUGUACUACCCUCCAAAAAGCUGAAAUGUGGUGAUUUCUCUAUUCCAGCUGGGAGCCAAAAAAGCAUCCUCUUGUUCAGAUCCUUCAUUAAAGCAAACCCAGCUAAAUUAGCUGCCCUGGGGACCAGAUGAAGGCCUGGAAGAUGUAAUAAAGAUUAAAAGAAAGAAAAAAAGAAAAAGGACUAUUGACAUUGGUAAAUGUGUCUUAAUUAAAAGUUUUGAGAGCACAACUCAAACACACUCCAGUCAUCCUCCAAACCCCUGCCUAAGUUAAUGAGACAAGUUUUUGUCACAGUCCCCCACUGAACUGCAAAGUGCAAAGAGGGAAUCAGGACUGCAGAGGAGAAUUGCAGGUUGCAGGGCUAAGUGCUGACUGCAUUCAUAGGAGCCUGAUUCCAGCAUGACCCUCACGCAGUAUCAUUCCAGAGAACCACAGCUGCCCGGGGUCUGCCUUGAAUGAGUGAAGCAAGAAGCAGCACUGAGAAAGUCCAAAUCAUGCACCAAGGGUCAUGAAAAUUAAACUUCAGAUACAGCGCUUUUGCUUCUUUAACAGGAACGGGGGAGGCAACUGCAUCUCUGCUUAUGAAUAAUAAAAUUAGUGGGCUUUUAUUUAUCAAAAAAGUCCCUGCAGUUGCACACCAUUUCUAACAACCAAGCUCAGCGGCAAGAAUGAAUACACUGCAAAAUCCCUUGCAGAGAAGAGAGCUCUUCAGCCAUGCAAGUCUUUUAGAUCCAUUUAACCCAGCUUAAAGCAGAAAAACCACAUGCUCUAUCUGGCCUGGGUCAGGGCUAGCUAUUUGCUUAAGGCAUAGGCUGUGUUUACUGUGGAAUAGCUCUGCUGGCACGGUGGCUUACCUUCUGGUGCCCUCUAGUGCCAACAGCUGAGCUGGCCUGACAGCUAUAGCCCCCACCGCCAUCCCACCGGGCUACAAGCUUCUUGUCACACUCUUUGCUUUUGUUAGGCAUCAUCAUCUCUGCUCUCACCAAACCUGCUCUGCUAGCGCUUUAAGCAAAGAAGAAUCUGUACUUUAAAAGAAACCCCCCAAAUCCCUGAGCAGACCCAUUCCUGCUCCCUGCAAAUUAGAAGGCUGUGAGCUCACCAGAAGGCAAAAAAGAGAAGGAAAGGGACAAAAGUCACAGGGGAAUCUCAAACUCCUUCCUGGUGCAUCAUGCAGAAGGGUGGCAAAUGGGUCAUAGCUACACCCCAGAGAUGUGUUGACAUCCUGCAUCCAAGAUCAGGCUACCAUGUGAGGUCAGAACGAAAAGAAACAACAAAAACCACAAGCAGUAUAAUACCUUUCAUGCUCUCAACAUUUCCCGUGGGCUUUGGGGUCUGAUUCAGAAGCUCUGUGCAAGAAGGACUGAUGGUAAGUGUGACUCACUACAUUUGUCCCAGUCCCUUUCAGUGGCACUUUUCAGCCUGGACUUCAGCUAAUCUCUUCCUACUGAGCAAUACUAAAAUGAGUCUCCUUCAUUUUCUUACAUGCUGCCCACACUGGCCUGCUUUAGGAAUUUCCUCCAGGCAGUAAGGUGGCUUUGCUUAAAGACGCACAGUUCAUUGCUGGGGCAAGUAAAAGGCAACAAGCAUCUUCCAGCUCACCUGAAACAAGCACACACACAUGCAGACUGAGGUCCACCAUGCCCUGACCUUUGUGGUGAUAGAUCAUUUUCUGCUCUCCUGAAUCUGCCAGCUGGUGAUUUUUGCUGUAUCCACAUCACAGAAAGCAAAACCCAUCUUCUGCCACUCUUCCCCACACACAACCACCCAUAUACAAGUCAAGAACCCCACCCCAAGGGCUCACCGCCCAUUUCAUAGGGGUUUUGUUUCCCCAUGAAACUUAAAACAUAUGACCGUUACUCUUAUUACCCCACAAUACAUCCCAGAGCACAGAACGGUGUUACAUCACAUCUGCCCACGUUUCUGCACAGCCCGUUGAGGAUCACAAAGCAAAAGUCCCCAUCUGAGGUGGGACUUACAGUCACCAAGGCAGAGAUGUGCAGUCAUCAGCAGCAGACAAAGGCAGACUCAGAGCUGUGAUCAUUCAGGGUGAUUUUUUUUUAGAGUUUAGGAUGAUUUUUUUUUUCUUCUUCCCUCCCAGCCAAUAAAAAGCUGUCACAGAGACACAUCUUCCCCUGCAGGAAGCAGGGCGGUCACUGCUCACGUUGGCAGGCUCCUCUUCUGAAGCAGUGGAGAUGGCAGCAGACUUCACCCGCAGCUUCGCCACGCUUUGCUGUUUAGUGCUCUGGGGCUUCACCUGCACUUGUGAUGCUACAUAUGUACCACCACCUCAUUCAACUGUGAAUCCUGGCUUCCCGGUCCCAAUGAAUACCAACAAUCCUGGCGUUCGCAAGGCAGCUCGCUUUGGGGUUUACCAAUACAACAACAGUUCCAAUGACUUAUUUCUGUUUAAAGAAUGGCAAAUAAACAAAGCUAUGGUGCAGAUCAUCAGAGGUCUGAAAUACAUGCUCCACGUGGAAAUCGGCCGCACAGUGUGUGAGAAGAGGGGACACUCCAACCUGGACAACUGUCACUUCCAGAGGAAGAAAAAUCUGCAGCAGGUGCUGAAAUGCUAUUUUGAGGUCUGGAUGACACCUUGGUUGCAUAAAGCUGAUGUCCCUGUUGCUCUCUGUCACUGACCCAACUUCUGUCAUGAUCGCGUUGCGAUUUUCAGAGGAUCUACCACCCAUGAGUUUUUCCUUGUCUGCACUUUGAAGCCAAAACUGAGGUGGGGAACAGCUACAUAGAGUCACCACAAAACCUCUGUCUCAAAGGUUGAUCGUUUCCCUCCCAUCUCUAAGGAAGAUGCUCAAGAUCUGAGUGACAAAGACUUGCCUUUGACUUGAAUGUGUUGCUAUCCAGCUGUGUAUCUCUUUUUCUAAAACUAAACAGCAGAUGAGAACAUGUUGUCAUUUGUUCACCAGAGAGCAAUUCACUCUUUAUGGCUGAGAUUACCAAGCAGUGCAAACAGGCCCAGGAAGGUCUGCUGGACUGCUUUGGUCUAUGAUGAAUCUUUGUACAGCUACAAUAUAAGAAGCCUAAACCACAGCACACACAACUUCAACACUGUGCAAGGCUUUAUAGUGAGACAGUACGUAUGGGGAUACACAUACACACACACACAGUCUUAAGGGUCUUCUGUAUUGGAUAAAAGCUUAGAUACUUUUGCUAGGCAUGCAUAAGGUAGAAUUUUUCUUGCCUCAAGACACAAGUACGUAUAGGCCUGUCUUAAGACACAAUGACAACUCAGAAAUGGCACAGUCUAAAUAGAGCUUCUAUUUUAAUCAAAAGCUCUACUCCGAGAGGGCAUCAUUGCAAAUGCUGA